CCAGCCCAGGCCCAAUUUCCAGAAACGUAACGUUUUGUAGUCUACAUAUCAGAUUCUGCGGAAAAGGGGUUACUUUAGGGUUCGAAGACAGACGGAGCGGUCAAUUUUUCUCAGACGUAAUGAAAUUCCGAACCCAAAACUCUCUCUCCACGUCAUAGAAAUUUUCCGUCGAAAAAAUCUGUCCAGAUUUUCCCACUCCCCUAAACAUGUCGAGUUCCAACUCCUGCACGAGUUGCAAAUCAAAGUCCUUGGUCCGGGACGACGUCACCGGCAAUCUAGUCUGCGAUUCGUGCGGUCUUCUUCAAGAAUUCGACAGCUACGAGGCCAACUACGGCGGCAUCGCCGGACCAGAAGGAACAUUCGUCCGCGUGGGGACCUCAGGUACGGGAAGUGUUCUCGAUUACAAGGAAAAGAAAAUCUAUGAGGCUCAGAAAUUAAUCCAAGACAUUAUGUAUAGGUUGGAAUUAUCGGGCUCCAAAUCCAAAGACGUCACGGCUAUGGUCUCGGCCAUUACGGAAGGCGAAUUCGGUCAAGGCCAAUGGCUGACCGUCUUGAUCGGCGCCUGUGCUUAUGUCGUCAUGAGGAAGGACAACCGGUCGUUGCCGAUCGCCGAGGUGGCUUCUGUAAUCGGCUGCGAUGACCACGAGCUAGGUAGGAUGGUUUUGCGUGUUGUUGAUCAUCUGAAUCUGAAGCAGCCCGAUUUCCCCGAAUUCGACAUAGUCGGUUCGUUUGAGAGGGCGCUGAAGGAGUCGCCGAGUUUCGUCGGUGUUGGGAAAGAAACGGCCGAGAGAAUGCGUAAGCAGGGGAUUUUUCUGAUGCAGUGUGCGGUGAAGUGGUUCUUGACCACCGGUCGGAAACCACUGCCUGUGGUGGCCGCGGUGUUGGUCUUGGUGGCGAAGUUGAAUCAUGUUGAUGUUAGAAUUGAGAAUGUAGCGAAGCAAGUCCAUGCCGUGGUUCACACUAGUAAAUUGAGGUAUAAGGAGCUUUUGGAAGAGCUUGUGAAGGUCGCUCAAGCAUUGCCUUGGGGGAAGGAUGUUACUAGGAAAAAUAUUGUUAAGAAUGCUCCUUUUGUGAUUCAGUAUAUGGAGAAGAAGUCCAUGUCAAAGCCUGGUGAGAAGAGGAAGGAUUUGGUGAAUGGUGGGUUUGAUUUGGAAGGUGUGGUUAGUGAGUGUUUGAGUAAAGAAAUUGAGUAUGGGACUGAUGGGUCUUAUGUGGAAGAUGAUUCAAGGUAUUUUGAGGUAGAAGAUUUUAGUAGGUUCGCAUUACAUGGCGUUGAUGAUGUGGAGAAGCUGAAACUUUCUCCUGAAUGCUUAUCCAUGAUCUAUAAAAAAUUUUCAAAUGAGAUAGAGAAUGCAAAAUCUGGUGGAGAGAUUGAAGAGUUUCAUGGAAGGAAAAAGUGGGGUUUUGAGGAUCUUGCCUAUGAGUGGUGGAAUGGAAAAUCAGAGUUGAGCAAAAAACUUUUACUCAAGCAAAUAUUGGAUAACGAGGUAGGAUUGGAUGCUUUGCCCCCUUCUUUUGAGAAUGGAUGCAGGGCUUAUGAGAGGAGGAGAGAAAAGAUAAAUGCUGCUAAGCUCCGCAUCAAUAGAAUUAUGAAUCCAUCAAAUCCUAAUCCAUGUGACGACUACAGCUUUUCUACUUCAGAAAAUAUACAAGCUAGAAAGAAGAGAAAAAGAGGACAAACCGAAGGCAUUGAUUGGGAAGAUUUGAUUAUAGAAAAGCUUCUCCUUCAUAAGGCAUAAUUAAAGAAAAGUAGGACCGGUCAAAGUUCUCAAGCUCAGGGUGGACAUUGGACAGUCUCUCUGCUUGCCAGUCAACAUGCAUUACUGGCCAGCAGCAAAGGCUUCCACAGGGAAAGUCUUGGUAAUGCCGGCAAGGCUCUUGAAGUGAAUUUUCCCGGUGGGUGGAUCAUCAACGAUUAUCUCACUAACUGGUGGCCAUAGCAUGAGCUCCUUAGCCUUCACUCCCUUGAGCUUGGAGAUCUUUUUUUUUGAAACAUAGCCAAUGAUUUCAGUACUAUAACUCACAAGCUUACUGAUUAUUUUGAAGUUAUGUUCCACCUUCUUCGUCUGAACAAUCCACAUGUAUCCGGUGCUCCUCACGAAACCAACUUCAAUCACAUCAGCAAGAGGUAGAAGUCCUAGAGGAAGUCCAAACUCUUCAAGUAAAGAAACCGCAAAUUUGAGCCCCUCUUCAUGACCGUUCUUCACAAUUGCUCCUUCCUUGAGAUUUGCCAUGGCUAGUAGGAUUUCUGAAAGUUCAGAUUUGGGUUUUUUCUGUUUUGGAUACUUGAGAGUAGUUUAGGGGAUUUAAUAGCAACUCAUAACAUGUAAGCGACAAAGAGAGUGGAGAAAACAAGAUGAUUAUCAUCGUAUGAACCACCAAAAAGUAUCUAUUUGAUCCGGCCUCAUUUUUUUU